ACUUUCUCUUAGCAGCCAUAAACCCACCCAGUCAAGCGUGCACACACAUACAGAGUAAACAAAAGAAAGAGAGACUACUUGUUAAACAGUGUGAACCAGAUAAAAGAGAAAAGGUGGAUUUAAAUAUUCCUGAGGAAAUCAAAGUGAAUCAGAAAAGCAGCUCCAUUCUCUGUUCAGGGAAGUAAAAAAAAAAACACCAUCAUGGCCUGCAUUUUUGGAGACGUCACAAAGAUACAAACUACUGGGGCAUCAGAAAGAACAGCUAGGCAGGACAAACUUACUGUAAAAGGGGUGGAAGCAUCGUACAAACUGGCUGAGCAUGAUCUGAAUAAGAUGGACCAGUACAAGAGUAUCAUCGUCAAAGUCGCCAGAGCGAAGCAGAUGGACCCAGCUGUCAUCGCAGGCAUCAUAUCCAGAGAGUCGAGGGCUGGGGCAGUGCUUGUGAAUGGCUGGGGAGACCAUGGCAAUGGCUUUGGUCUCAUGCAGGUUGACAAGCGCCAUCACACUCCAAGAGGAGCCUGGAACAGCGAGGAACAUGUCACCCAAGGCACUGAAAUUCUAAUACAAUCCAUUCAAGCAAUUCAAAAUAAAUUCCCCAGCUGGCCCAAGGAGCACCAAUUUAAAGGAGGAAUUGCAGCCUACAAUUUUGGCCCAGGUAACGUCCGCACAUAUGAGCGCAUGGACAUCGGCACCCCAGGGGAUGAUUAUUCCAGUGACGUGGCAGCUCGCAGUCAGUGGUUUAAACGUCACGGCUACUGAGCAGUAUUUGUUUGAUUCUUUACCACUGUAUAACUGCUAUGUUUUUUGCACGUCUUUAAAACACAUGUGAUAAGCAACACAAG